GUACAGAAUUUCAUGGUUAUGGUGGUGGUUCUUAAGGCCUUAUUCCGCGCUCGUCAACUGCUGGAAUCUCAAGCUGCUGCUGCUGCACAAGACUUGAACUUGAUUGAGGAAGGAGUCCGAAGAGAUGAACCCACGCCAGAGGCUAGCGCAGCCAUCCCCCGAUUCUUCUACUCGUCGGCUAUCCGACAGAGAACUUAUGCAGGCCUUUUUGGGAAUUUUCCAGAACGCGAUUGAGAUUCUCAGCUCUCUGAGUGAACACUCUCCUUCCCUCAGGGGAGAGCUAACGCAAUUCUUCAGACAAGCAGUCGCCGAUGAAUUCCAACUACUAAUGGCGGACGAGCAAGAAAGAAGAACGGCGCAGACUGACCAUGUUAUCAUUGACAUCAUCGAUUCUGAAGAAGCGGAAACAGAGCCACCGUCGCCGGUCAUCAACGGAUCAGGAACGGAGCCACGUAAUCAGAACGAGCGAGCUGCCCAAGUCGAGGAUCGCAUCAUUCAUCGGGAAAUCGAGAUGACCAUUCCAUCUUUCAACCCGCUACCAUUUAUGCCCACUUUACGAGCUGGAUCGUCGCUGACCAACUUUACCGGCAGCGAAAGCAGUGCUACCCGGAGCAGAGGAGCGGCGAAGGAAACGGACGAUGAGGGCACUGGGAAGAGGAAGAAAGCUUGAAGCCCAUUGGAGACGCUAGAUAGAAUGCAGACGGGACAGAAGAUCAUACUCAUCAGUCCACUGAAUCGAUCUACCAACAGAAGAGAGGCUUGUUUUUUCUUCCUCACUUCGAUUGUUAGUUGUGCAGUUUUGACGGUUUACUUUCAGCUUUAGCUUUGGAUAUACUCGGGGAUGAUUUUCCCCCCCCCUUCUUUUGGUUGCUACUGAUCACAUCAUGAUGUAGUAGAAGAACUGAUUGAUUACUACUUCACAUUUCUUUAGCAUCAAUGUGAACUACAUCUCCAUAUAUGAUUGGAUGAUUGAAUACAAUGAAUGUUUAACA